AUGGGUAGCCGUUCGCCGACCUUUGAACCCGGCUCCCUGAUAAAGCUGCUGGCGUACGCGACAGUGGAUUCCAAGGACGAUGAGGACACCCUUUUGCGUGAUGCGGCGGAUACUGCCUCUACAACCUCAGGCGAGAUGCUCGACAAGAGCGAGGCUCCUCAAUUCCAGAGCCCGCAGAGCCCUCCUCAUGAAGUGGCGACUCGCCCACGGGCUCAACGCAGACUACGUGGGUCCAUUGCGGAGAAGCUUGGCAGGGGUCCAGCGCAGAAGCCAGUUCCGGUCAAGAUUGACGCGCUGAAAGCCAGCCGUCAGAAAGCCAAGUUACAUGCUGCUCAAGCUGCGCCACAUAUGGUAGCACCUUUGGGGCCUGUUUGGGAGCGCGCAGUUGACACCAGACGGAAUGCCAUCUACUACUGGGAACAUCUCAGUGGCAAAUCAUCCUGGCAGCCCCCACCAAUGCAUGAGGGCUGGUGGGAGCGCCUGUAUGACGAGAAAAGUCGUUGCGAAUUCUUCUGGAACUCAGCUACGCAGAUGACGCUUUGGCACCUUCCCCUGUCGGCUGGCGCUUUGCCAUCGUUGACGCUUCCUUCGCACUGCCCUUUCGAUCAAGAGGUGCCGCUAACACUGCCCUCAUUGCAGUCCCCCCCGCCAACCGAGACUCCGGCUGCGAGGCUGCAGGUGCCCGAUUUGCCGGAAUCCAAGGAUAUGAUUGGUGUUGUUGCCGGCUUUGAGCGCAGUGGUCUUCUGAGCACGGGGUCGGACUUUUCAAACACGGGUGGCGUGAAGAGUGAAGGUAGUGCUUGGGAGCUGGAGGCCCAACCGCCAACGAGCGAAGCAUCGAAGGACCAAGGCCCAGAUCCCGUGCAGUCCCUGAGCGAAGACGACAUGGUCGUGGAGGAUGUGCAGAUGAGGUCCACUUCGGACAAGGAAUGCAACAAUGAACAGGAACCUUUGCCGACUUCAGAAGCAAGCUGA